CAUGUGAAGCGCUUUUCUCUGCCACUCGCAAGGCACAGGGAGAUGAGAACGAGCACCUGUUUUAGAGGCAUUACGGUAGAGAGCAAACUAUCCCCCAACAUAUCCUCAACCAACACACAACCCGAAUAAUUCAACACUGAUUUGCUAGAGAAGGAGCGAGCGACAGAUGGGAUGCCAAAAACUGAGUCGAUUAUCGUCUUUGGGACUUGUGGAGGGGUUAAGAUCUGAAUAACGGCGAGAUAGCAGGAUCAGACCAGAGUGAGGAGAGCCGGCAACGAACAGCCCGAAAAGCUGGGUGCUUUCUCUCCAUCAACUUCCCCAAGGGCUGCGCAUGCAGCCUGUGUGUGAGUAGUGGCACUAGUAUUGUUCUGACUUCACUAGCUACAGUGCCCACUCCUAGAGAGAGAGAACGCACAACAAAAGGACAAGAAAGGAAGGAAGCACGGAGUAACUAACGAAGACGGUUGUCGUUGAAAGUAAUGGUCCUGCGAUACCAAUCUUAGAUUCCAAGAUUUCUCUCUUUUUGUUAUUUUGCCUUGAGUCUUUGUAGCCGCGAGGGGACUCGCCGUGUGGUGUUGCGCCGAGCUGAAGCGGGGCUGUCCACAUGGUCCAGCCACUGGUGUGAAAGUUGACUUCUUCAGAAAACAAGAACAGGUGCCACGUGAUGAUGGUGGAAUCAGCCUCUGAGACCAUUCGAACUACGACCUCCAAUCAGAACGGAGUCAGCAACCUCAGCAGCCAAUCAGACGGCGGGGGAGGGAGAGAAGGCGGGUCCAACGGAGACACCAAUGGGGAGAUCAGCCCAGUGGACCUACUGCACCUCCAGCAGCAACAGGCCCUCCAGGCAGCCAGACAGUUCCUCCUCCAACAGGCCUCUGGACUCAACUCCCCCAGCAGCAAUGAGGUUAAACAGAGCCCUGUGCAGGUGCCGGUGUCCAUGGCUAUGUUGACCCCCCAGAUGAUCAGUCCUCAACAGAUGCAGCAGAUCCUGUCCCCCCCUCAGCUACAGGCCCUGCUGCAACAACAACAGGCCCUUAUGCUUCAGCAGCUACAGGAGUACUAUAAGAAGCAACAAGAGCAGCUGCAUCUUCAGCUUCUGACUCAGCAGCAGCAGCAGCAGGCUGGGAAGCAGGCAGCCAAAGAGCAGCAGAUAGGUAACAAGCAGUUGGCCUUCCAGCAGCAGCUCAUUCAGAUGCAGCAGCUUCAACAGCAGCACAUGAUCAACCUGCAGAGACAAGGCCUGGUCUCCCUACAGCCCACUAACCCCAUGCAGAGCCUGCAGCAAGCCAUGUGUCCAGGGGACCUGCAGCAGCUGUGGAAGGAGGUGUCAGGGGUGCAGUCUGCAGAGGAGGCCCUGAAGCAGCAGCAGACUGGAGAGGGCCUGGAUCUCAGCACCAACUCUACCUCAUCCUCUUUCCCCAAAGCAAACACACACAGCAGCCUGCACAGCCUGCACAACGGACAGGACAAUCACACCCCAAAGAGAGACAGAGCAAGACUCUUUGAAUGGAUCUCCUCCUUCAGCAAGGCAGACCUCGGCGAUGACCGCCUCACGCCGUACUCCAAGGGUGGCCCGCUAUCCAGUAGCCACCACGAGGAGCAUGCAUGUUCCCAUCCUCUCUAUGGCCAUGGAGAGUGUAAAUGGCCUGGCUGCGAGGCGCUGUGUGAUGACAUGGGACAGUUCAUCAAGCAUCUGAACAAUGAGCAUGCUCUGGAUGACCGCAGUACAGCCCAGUGCAGGGUGCAGAUGCAGGUGGUCCAACAGCUGGAGAUACAGCUGGCCAAGGAGAGUGAGCGGCUGCAGGCCAUGAUGACCCACCUGCACAUGCGCCCAUCGGAGCCAAAGCCUUUCAACCAACCUCUGAACCUGGCGUCCAGUGGCUCCCUGCUGAAGAGGGAGAGCGAGGCGUACCCCGAGGGUCUACCUCACCCCCCCACCUCCGCCACCGCCCCCAUCACCCCGCUCCGCCAGGGCCCCUCUGUCAUCAGCUCCUCCAGCCUGCACUCACACUCACACCCGCACGGCGUGGGACCCAUACGCAGGCGCAUCGCUGACAAGUUCUGCACCCCCAUCGCCUCAGGUAUACGAGAGGAGCUGGCACAGAACUGUGAGUUCUAUAAGAACGCUGACGUCAGACCUCCCUUCACCUACGCCUCUCUCAUACGCCACGCCAUUCUGGAGGCUCCAGACAGGCAGCUGACUCUUAAUGAGAUCUAUAACUGGUUUACUCGAAUGUUUGCCUACUUCAGGAGAAACACAGCCACAUGGAAGAAUGCUGUGCGCCACAACCUGAGUCUGCAUAAGUGUUUUGUGAGGGUGGAGAACGUGAAGGGGGCUGUGUGGACAGUGGAUGAGGUGGAAUACCAAAAGAGAAGACCACCAAAGAUGACCGGGAGUCCUACUCUGGUGAAGAACAUGAUUUCAGGCCUGGGCUUCGGUUCCCUAAACGCCAGCUACCAGGCGGCCCUUGCGGAGAGCAGUUUAACUCUGCUGAACAGCCAGGGCCUGGUUAACCCCUCAUCUGCCGCCAGCCUCAACAUGCUGCAUGGGAUGGGUCAUGAUGACGUCAGCUCCACUGUAGAACAGGUCAACAGUAACGGCAGCUGCAGCCCUACACUCAGCCCACAGCAGUAUGGACACCAGGUCCAUGUGAAGGAGGAGCCCACUGAGAUCGAGGAGGACAGACGCUCCAUGUCGCUCAUGGCAACUGUCACUCAGAACAUGGCUUUGCCUAGCGAUCGGGAUGACCGCGAUUUGGAUGAUGAGCUUCCCACCGAGGAGCUGGAGUAGGAUUGGAUGAGCUGAACCAGUGGACGGGACUUUGAGGUUUAAUCCCGCCCGCUCCAUUGGAGUGAAGCGAAUUGAUGACCACAUAAAAAAGAAGAUAGAGAUAAAAAAAAAAAGAUAAAGAUCAUGAUUUUUAUAAAGCAAGAAACCAACAACAUUGACAAACAGGGUUAGACCUCCGUUACAUACCGACGCAAAAAUAACACUCUGGAGCAUUGCUUUAUUCCCACACAUUAUCACCCACCUCACCCCCUCCUCCCUCCUCCUCACCCCCUCCUCCCUCACCCGAUGAGCAGCGUAUUGUCAGAGAGACAGCUCUCAGUGGUGAUAUGGAGGGAGGGUCCUCUUUCCUCUCCACUCUCCUCUCCCUGUUGAUUCACACAGAUGGUCUACCCACCCUACUGUCCUUUAGUGCUGGUAGUUUGAUUUCCACACCACUUCAAUAUACAUACAGGUGUGUGAGAGAGAGUGUGGAGAUACACACACAUCAGAUCAUGUGUAUAUAUUGUUUGGAACAGUCACCAGGAGGUGUAUAACUCUCCUCCUCUUCUCCGAUCAUAUUAGUUCCUUUUUUUUUCUUCUUUUGCCUGAAAGAACUGCUGGGCUUUGAAAUGGAAGGAAGGACAGUGGUUUUCUCAAAGAUUACCCCACCUGCUCACACAUCAGAAACCAAGCGUACAAACCAGUCAAUGACCCAUAGGCGGGACUGAGACUGGAUUGCAGGAUUCUGCCCUAUGCCAACUCUCUAGCCAUUCUCUGCCCUAUGCCCACUCUCUAGCCAUUCUCUGCCCUAUGCCCACUCUCUAGCCAUUCUCUGCCCUAUGCCCACUCUCUAGCCAUUCUCUGCCCUAUGCCCACUCUGUAGCCAUUCUCUGCCCUAUGCCCACUCUGUAGCCAUUCUCUGCCCUAUGCCCACUCUGUAGCCAUUCUCUGCCCUAUGCCCACUCUCUACCCAUUCUCUGCCCUAUGCCCACUCUGUAGCCAUUCUCUGCCCUAUGCCCACUCUGUAGCCAUUCUCUGCCCUAUGCCCACUCUCUAACCAUUCUCUGCCCUAGGCCCACUCUCUACCCAUUCUCUGCCCUAUGCCCACUCUCUAACCAUUCUCUGCCCUAUGCCCACUCUCUACCCAUUCUCUGCCCUAUGCCCACUCUCUAACCAUUCUCUGCCCUAUGCCCACUCUCUAACCAUUCUCUGCCCUAUGCCCACUCUCUAACCAUUCUCUGCCCUAUGCCCACUCUCUACCCAUUCUCUGCCCUAUGCCCACUCUCUAACCAUUCUCUGCCCUAUGCCCACUCUCUACCCAUUCUCUGCCCUAUGCCCACUCUCUAACCAUUCUCUGCCCUAUGCCCACUCUCUAACCAUUCUCUGCCCUAUGCCCACUCUCUAACCAUUCUCUGCCCUAUGCCCACUCUCUACCCAUUCUCUGCCCUAUGCCCACUCUCUAACCAUUCUCUGCCCUAUGCCCACUCUCUAACCAUUCUCUGCCCUAUGCCCACUCUCUAACCAUUCUCUGCCCUAUGCCCACUCUCUAACCAUUCUCUGCCCUAUGCCCACUCUCUAACCAUUCUCUGCCCUAUGCCCACUCUCUAACCAUUCUCUGCCCUAUGCCCACUCUCUACCCAUUCUCUGCCCUAUGCCCACUCUCUACCCAUUCUCUGCCCUAUGCCCACUCUCUAACCAUUCUCUGCCCUAUGCCCACUCUCUAACCAUUCUCUGCCCUAUGCCCACUCUCUACCCAUUCUCUGCCCUAUGCCCACUCUCUAACCAUUCUCUGCCCUAUGCCCACUCUCUAACCAUUCUCUGCCCUAUGCCCACUCUCUAACCAUUCUCUGCCCAAGCCAGACAAGACUCUCUUUACUCAUUAUGACAAACAAAAAAAGAUGACAUUGUUCCCCCCCAAAAAAGACCCUUUGGUGAUUUACUCCUCCUUCAUGUGUGAUAGAGUGAUGGGCACAGGCCAACCUGAGAGAGAGAGAAAAAGAGAGGGAGGAAGGAGAGAUCAUCUACACAGAGAUAUCUGACUAAAAUAGUUUAUGAUUAUGGGAUACAAAACAUUUUAUAUCCAAAAAGUGGUAGCUUUUUCACUUCCUUUUUUCUUUGAUGUUAUCUUCAUUUAUUUUGUAGGAUUCAUAUUUCCAUGGUGAUAUAAUUCUGUUUCAAAGUGUAUUUUGUAAAAAUGCUUUGUUUGUUUUGUUUUUAGUUUUUAUUAACUCUGCUUGUUCACACCAUUCCAAACUAGUAUUGGUGGCAAAGAAAGUACAGUAUUGUCCCAAAAUUCCCCAUACCCCAGCCCACCAUGAAUACCUUUCUGUGUGUCUGGGUUUGCCAGUUUAGAUGGCAGGAGAUUGAGAAUAGCACUUAGGAUCGAGGGCCUCAGCUCCUGAGAACACUCACCAAUAAUCCCAACAUUAUCAUCCAUUUGUAUUAUUCCUUUUUAACUAACUUUCAUUCCUUUUUAUUUUAUCUUCUCGUAGUUAGUUGAGAAACAUCAGCUGUGAUACAAAGCAAUGCUUGAAAAAAUAUAUUAUGGCAGUCAGAGAAUACCUCAUCCCACAAAUUUCCACCCGGAAGUGUGUGCAAAAUGUUAAAGAAGUAAGGGGGAAUUCUUUGUGUGGGACACCAAAACGUGGCAACUCUGCUCAGUUUCAUUUCAAAAAGUUCUAUUGUUACUAUAGUUACUGUAUAGAAGCUGUCUGCAAUUCACUGUGUGAGUUGAACUCAAAGGAAUAGCACGUGAGAUUUAAAAUCUUUUGUUUUCAGUGAGCGUAAAAGCAUUACCUUCUCUGCAGUGCCAUACCAAAUUUAAACACAUUAUUUUUAUGUAUUUUCUGCUUUUUCUCCCAUUUUUUAUUUUUGUUACAGGUAACCAAAGAAAUGUGUAGAAAACCAAAAACCCUGUAGUUUAUUUUUCCCCUUUUGAGUUUUUCCUCUAAAGAACUGGCCAAAAGACAAUAAACAUCUGACAUUUAAAUUAUUAUUGUAUUAUCAUAACUCUUACGUUGAAUUUGUUCAUGACAUUACUGGUCAUUCCAAAAACCAAAGUAUAAAAUGCUGAAUAGAAUUUGGUGAUGUUAAAAUCUUUUUACAUGUGUUUAACUGGUGCAAAUGACGACUCACAUUAGGUAUGCUAUGGUUGAAGGCCAGAAACAGUAUUAACAAACAACCCUUUUGCAGUUCCUUAGAUAAAUAAAGAAAGCACUUAGGAUUUAAAUCUCUAUCUCUCCAUGCUCAGGCUACCUGUGUUUCAAACACAACCUUAUGACAGGCUCCACUGUAGGCAAGCCUAAGAUGGGAUUCAGGGUUAAAGAUGACAAAUAAUUAUCUUACCCUCAUUAGGCACUUGAACACAACAUUUAUAUACCUUUAUGUGACACUAGAAGCCAGCAAAAAAAGAAGUGGGCUGUUGUCAGUUGUCCAUUAACUGGGAUACCGUGUAAAACAAAAAAUACAUUUUUAUUGCACUGUAAUAAUGCAUUUUUUGAUUAAUUUCCUCAACCAAAACAAUAUUUUCAUUGUGAAACUCUAUACAUUCAAACAUCCCUUUGUGCUAUGCAGGAGAAUGUCAUUUUUUUGACCCGGCUCCCAGUUUGAUUGAAUAGGACCAAAAGUCCCAUUGUCUAGCAGAGAACAGUUUACUUAAUGUACUUUCUUUACUCCUCACCUACAGUCUACUCUGGCAGACACAACAGUUUAACAAAUACCAAAAAUGGCAGGUCUUAUAAUAAAUAGGAACAAAAUGCUAAUGUUUCGCUCUUAUAAUGUCUUCAUGCUCUCACAUUGCUACAGAAACACGUUCAUAUCCCCAGUCUGUGAGUAGUUGUGAUAGAGACUGUUUGAAGCUGGCUGUCAUUCCAAACAUCACAUCAGUAGACAAACGGAGGGUUUUUCAGAACAGACAUACCAUUAUGACCACUUGUGAUAUUUACAGCAAAGAGAGAACAACUGACAAACGACAAAAUCAUACCAAUGAGAAAGGAACACACCAAGGGACAUGUCAACUUAGGGAUUUUUUCUAAAACAAAAUUUGGGAACAGUUUUGUCAAAUCAACUCUUGCACCAUUUUCUUAGUUUUUUCUUUGUAUUGACUUCCUGUGUAAAACAGCACUGUUUCCUGUCUAAGUAGGGUUAUGAUGCUUCACGUCAUCAGACUGAUUUAUAACAAACAAAGUGGGAGAGGGACACCGAGAGUAAAAACCAAAAAUAACACUACCUCCUUUUCAAAAUGGUUCACAAUAAAAGCCAAUGGGAGACUGGAGACCAGAAAUAUUUCCGUUUUUUUUAUUUAAAUUCUUCCUCAAUAAUAAUAGUGAAAUAUACCAAAACACAGCUUACUGUUAAUACACAUUAAGUGGGGCAGAAAAAGCUUGUCUGGCUAUCUGAACUCCAAAUUCACGAGCGUGAGCGCAAAACAAAGAGACGUUACAACAACAUUACACCCCGUUAAAGAUGACUACCUCUCCUAAAACCACAGAUAACUGGUGCGUUCUCCUAAGAGUGAAGAGUGAAGUGGUCACCAUGUUUAAAAGGUCUACUCUCAGCUGUGUAUUAUCGGCUCUCUCUAUACUGGCCAUUAGCAUAAAACUCUGUGAACAGCCUCUUAACUGGGUGCUCUAAUUGUAUGCACGCAUAUUGAUGAGCCGGCUUUGCCGGCAGCCAAUGAUAGUCCGGUCGUUAGCGGCGACUCAAUGGGGCAGGAAGCUGGUUGUCAGGAGUGAUGAUGAGCAGAAUGUGAGUGCCCUGCACCCGCCAUUGGGCCACACACACACUAGUGCCCGCCACACGCCAGCGGCCCACACUACACAUGAAUGGAGAUGGCAGCGAUAAAGGAAACACCCACACACACUCACAGGCUGUAGUCAGUGUUCAGUCGAAAGGGCCCUUAGUAUCAGUCAAUAAGCCUCAGAGCUGGGAAUUAAAGCCCUGUGACAUGGAGCUGGCCCUUCACGGUGAAUAGUGGCCCCUGUCACUAGGAGCCGGGCCCCUGUUGGCCCCUUGGUUCAGACAGCUGAGGAGAGGCUCUGAGUAACUAAAGAUACUAUCCAAAGACAAACACAGAGCUUGCUGGGAGACGGACAAUAAUAACAGCUUACAAAGGAAUGAAUGAUUACUACUAUUAUUAUUGUUAUGAUUCAAACUCUCAUGAAAGAGGCACUGCUGCAUUCAGUAAAUAAAUGAUGUUUGAAUUCUCAUCCUUUAAGGUACACCUGUAAGCCAAGCUGUUUUAUCAAGAUGUAGAUUGACAUUCGUUGAUGAUGUUGACAGAUCGCCAUAGACACUUCUGUUCCUUCUCCAGUUUGGCUGUUAUGAUGUAUUAUUGUAUAUUAAUGCUUGGCUUAGCUCUCGAGGGCAUUCUUUACCAUGAUGUCUUUUUGAUUUUCUCUUUUGUUCAUUUAGUUAUUGUAAAGCUUCCAGCUUGGAUUCCUAUACUGUAUUGCUAAUGCUGAAGUGUAUGUAUUUAUCAUAUUAAGUGAUGCAGGUAUCUUUGUUGAAUAGUUUUUCCUUUCUUCUUUUUUCAUUUUCUUCAUAAAACGUCUGGGACGAUGAUUUUUUAAGUGUAUUAUCUCUAAAAAAUAAAAUAAUUAAAGUUAGAUAAGUGGUUUAGGUAACAGCUGUUUGUAUAUUUAUCUUAGCUAGGUCUAUUUUGAUACCUUUUGUCUCUGUACUGCAUUUUUAAGGAAAGAAAAAGAAAAACAACAGUAAAACAAAAAGUUGACUUCGUUAUGAUGAUACCUCAGAAGGACUUUUCUCUAAGACAGGACCAAAACCUCAGAAAAAUAAGAGAAAGAGGAAAAUAAUUGAAGAAAAUAUGUAGCCCCUCUCUUGCUUUUAAAGAUGGAGCGAUGUAAAGGUGAUGUUGUGGGUCCUUUAUGUGCCAAUCUGUGUCCUCUGACCCCUGACUACAGUCAUUCCUCUGAUGACCUUUAACUUACAGCGGUCAAUCACUCAAUAGGACAACUGGGCGUGGCCUUCAAUCAAACACCUGAUGGCAUUUGUCCAAUUAGAACUCUAACCAAAGGUGUUGUGAAUGGCCAAGGCUUAUCAGCUAACAGACCACCACAACUGUAACCAAACCAACCCUCGGCACUAAUCUACCACAAGCUACUUCCCAUACCUCAAACCAUUCUUCGCUAUCACCAUCGCCAUCAUCUCUCCGACGAGCACUCUUCCUAUUGGAUCAUUAGUGACUCCGGGGACCUAAUUGGCCCCACCCCUGCUCUAUGAUUGGACAGCUCUUAGGUGUCAUGUUGAGGGAAAGGGAACUUAAAGGACAGUUGCCCAUGUUAUUAUGAACUUCACAGCCCCCCCAAAAAAUGGAACUACCACUUCAGCUGUCCUCUGGUUGUAUCUUAGGAAUGUGUGUACAUUUUCAGCAGUGGCUUUCUGUAACAUUACUUAGUUUCAGUUUCUGUUUACCUCUAUUUUAUCUUUUUAUUUUGUUCUGUUUGUUAAUUUUUUGAAAGUGUGACCCAGGGGAAUGGGUAAAGUAGGAGCAGGUGGUGGUUUUUAAGAUGGUCUAAAAGAGGUUUAAAAAAAGGCGACUUUGCCACCGAGACCUUUGCCCUUUCACCCUUCCCUGGGUGGCCAUGUAAUGCCAGUCACUGCCCUUUUCCUCAUGCUGUAUAAAACACACAUAUAUCUGUGUAUUUGUAACCUGAAUCUUCUUGUGUCUGUCCAUGCAGACAAUAAAACAGCUGUACAGUAGGUCUAGUUGCAUGUAAUCUGUACUAAUUAUUGACAAUGGCAUUAUAAAAUGCAAUAAAAUACUUAUUACACUGUC